UUCUUUAGACGUUAAUCAACACAAACCCCUCAACCCCUUUUCCCCAAACCCUCCCUUUCUAAAAACCCACACCUACAUACACACAGUAACAGAUAAGAAAUACCAAAAACAAAAAUGGCAAAUUUGAGAACAUCAAUGGAUGCAUCGUUUUAUGACCUGAACAUAGCAACCCCUCAAACACUGACAGCCUCUGCAAGGUCAAUUCCUGGUGAACCAGUCCCUUUGGAUGGAGCAUAUUCAAGCAAACUUCUUAGAAUGCAACAAUUGUCACUUUUGGGAAGAGGCUUUCCGUUGGGUCUAAUUCCUUCUUUUGCUCCACCUUUAUCUUCACAUAAUAAAGAUUCUGCCUCUUUAUCUCUUCAGACUAUCUGGCUCAAACAACCUACUGAAAAUUGGUGGCUUGGACUGGUUGGGCAGCUUCGUCCAAUAAAGCUGUUAUCUUCGGUUAAAGCGGAAAGUUUUCGAGCGGAUUCGGCUAUGCCUAGAUUUAAACGUGUUGUCAAGAAGUUUCUUGACAAAUCAUUCUAUUCUCUUGGUUUAUUUUCCCACUUGGAUUUCAGUGAAUCCACUUCUCUGUUGGUAAAUAUUGAAAGGGAUGGUCAAAGUGAGAAUCGACGUACCAAGGCCGUUGUCUUCCACAAGCUUCCAAAUCAUGAUCUUACUUUAGAAGCUGCUUGGCCUGAGCUUUUUGUGGACCGCAAUGGUAAAUACUGGGACAUGCCUGAGUCAAUAUCACUGGACUGCCUGUCUCUUGUGUCUGAUUCGGGUUUACGCUAUCGCUUUGGCAUCCAUAAAAAUGGUGGUUCUACUAAAGCACUUGACUCCUUCGAAGGUGAAACUCCUGCUUCUUUGAGACCAGGAAUUUGUGCCAAAACUGCCUUUUCGUAUGAAAAGAGUAGAGACCUUUGGAGAAUACCAGAGACAAAAGAGGAUCUAGGCAUAGUCAAGACCAAAAAGGGUGAAUUCCGGAACAUGGCCUAUGAUUUGCGUAUGAAAGAACCACAUGCUGCAAUAUCCGGAAUUUUUGGCGGUACCUGCGAGGCAUGGUUAAGUGGAAAGGAGUUAGACACUUCAUCUGCCAAAAGAAGUCCAUUUGGUGCAGAUCUAUUUGGCUCAGUUUGUUUUGCUUUGCAACAUGGAAAGUUUAGAAAACGGUAUGGCGACCUAACACGGUUUGAUGCUCGUUUAGACAUGUCCUCUGCUUCAGCUCUAAUCAAUGGCUUUUCAAAUACUUCAAAGUCUUCUUGGGCUUCUCCCCAACUAAAUUUGAUCCUACAACAGCAGGUUGCAGGACCUCUUGUUUUUAGGAUAAAUUCAAAGGUUGCAUUUGGGUCUUCGAGUGGAGGGUGUGGUCCACAUAUAGAAGAUGUAAUAUAUAGCUUGAAUUACUCAAUGAGGUACCUGGCAUCUGGUAAAGUGGUAGCUUGGUAUUCCCCAAAGAGAAAUGAGGGGAUGGUUGAGAUGCGAGUUUUCGAGUUUUAGGUACAAUAUAAGUAAGCCCUCUUUUAUAUAUGUUUUGGUAAGAAGUGGAAGUAAGUAAUUUUCGAGGCGUAGGUAUGCCAUUGUUGAGUUAUAUUAGCAUCUUAUUUUUUGUUGGAAGUUCAACUCUGUUGAAGAUGGGAAGAUCUUAACGUUAAAGAGCACAAGCUUGUUGUAGUUCUGGGGAUAUCAGUUGUCAUGGAUUAUGUGAUUUGAUGUAGUUUCUAUGAAAGCCUAAAAAUAAGUAUUGCUGGUACCAAAAGAAAUAAUACGGUCUCUCUCUCUCACUCUCUCUCUGACACCCACAAGUAGUCUUCCAUACCUUGUCAUCUUUUGCCAGAAUAAUGUUGAAAUGCAAUUGAAUUAAUGUUUUGAA